AUACAUCACUUACAAUACUACAGGAUUUCAUUACUUAUUACCGACAUUUUAAGAAACAAAAUAAAUAAACAAUUAAGCAAUAAACAAAACUGUUAUAAAAAAAAAAAUAUUAAAACAUGGAUUAGAUUAGCCGAAUUUGCUUUUUGAUACUAUAUGAAACAGCAGAUUUUUGAAACACGGUAUCUGACGGCACAUCUGUGACGCCACGCUCCAUCCGGGUCCUCCGCGCCUGGGCCAUGACGUCACGGGGUCCAGGAAUGGCGGCGCUGUCUGCAGAGGGAAGCAGCCCGAAGAGCCCGAAACUUUAUUCUUAACAUCGCUCAGCGGCUACACGAGCUCCACCGCUCCACCGACAGCCAUAUCCUCCUCUUAAAGAGCCAGUACAACGGCAGAACCCAGUCUCGACGUUGUUACCGCUGAAUUCUAACGUCCCAGGCUCUAUUAGUUUGGUUGACUUUGCGAGGGCCAAAAGACAAGAGCAAAGACAGCGACUAACGGUACAUGAAAACAACAAGCACCCCAAAGCAUUCUCUUUCGACUCCGUCCAUUUCAUAGAAGGAUCUUACUUGUGUUUUGCUAGUUUUUUGUCUUGCUCAUAAACCGAAAGGCGAGACGCUGGCCUGAUAAGGUGAAGCACCAGCUGCGGGUUUGAUGCCACGAUGGAGAGUUUAACACUGAGCGAUGUCGAGCAGAAAUAUUACUCUGAACUCUUCCUCUCCUGUGAUGUGGAUAACACCAAGAAAGUGGCUUCCAAUGGCAAAGUUCUGGACCUCUUCCGGGCGGCCCAGCUCUCAAACGAAGUUGUCCUUCAGAUUACUGAACUUUGUGGAGCCACACGUCUCGGUCAUUUUGGUCGGAGUCAGUUCUACAUCGCACUGAAGCUCAUUGCCCUGGCCCAGUCUGGAAUGCCCCUGCGUGUGGAGAGCCUGAACAGUGUCAGGGAUUUACCCCUCCCUCGCUUUGUGAUGGGCAAGAAUGAGCAGGAGACAAGGCACGCGGUAAUGUUCGCAGACGCAGAGAAUCAGGGACACUACCUCCCCAGACCUCCAGGCAGAGUGCAAGCCAAAAAAGUGUCAGCGCAUGAGAUGAUUCAGCCCUGUGUGCCCACUGUUGAUCCUCAGCCGGACACCACAUCUCCUGUAGUGUCGCCGCACCAGUCCCCUCCCACCUCGCCCCAUGCCUGGAGGAAGCACAAACGCCAGGCCAGCGGUGGAAACGUGGACAGACAGCCCUCAGUGCCAGGAGUUGUUUGGCCACCUUUUAGAGAAGCACAGCCAGGACCAGUAACGGCUGACGGGAUGUGGUCCGCCCAUUCACCCCCUCCUGUCCAAGAAAGUUGGGUCAGCUUUACAGACACACCCCCCUCCAGCACACUUCCAAUGCAUCCCCCCUCAGCUCAGCCGGAGAGCACAACAGUACGGACUAUGACAUCUGUAAUGACCACAAAUGAAAUCCAAAGACAGACCAGCGGUUAUGAUGACCCCUGGAAAAUCACAGAUGAGCAAAGACAGUAUUACAUAAACCAGUUUAAGACCAUUCAGGCUGAUCUCACUGGUCUAAUCCCUGGCUCUGCCGCGAAGGAAUUCUUUACAAAGUCGAAACUGCCUAUUCUAGAACUGUCUCACAUUUGGGAGCUAUCAGAUUUUGAUAAAGAUGGUGCACUGACCCUGGAUGAGUUUUGUGCUGCAUUUCAUCUCGUGGUCGCUAGGAAAAAUGGUUAUGACCUUCCUGAAAAGCUCCCUGAGAGCCUAAUGCCAAAGCUUAUUGACUUGGAUGACUCAGCAGGAGUUCCAGAACCUGCUACUGAGGUUGGCUUCUCUGCUUCCCCUGUGGAGGUCACUCCAAAUAAGUCUCCUUCCAUGCCUUCCCUGAACCAGAACUGGCCUGAGCUCAACCAGAGCAAUGAGCAGUGGGAGACUUUUAGCGAACGCUCCUCAAGCUCACAAACUCUGACCCAAUUUGAUUCUAACAUUGCACCAGCUGACCCUGAUACAGCAAUAGUCCACCCUGUGCCCAUUCGUAUGACACCCAGCAAGAUCCACAUGCAAGAGAUGGAGCUCAAGAGAACUGGAAGUGAUCACACACAUCCAACUAGUCCGUUAAUGGCGAAACCACCAGAACUUUCUGACGAAACCAAGCUAACAGCAACUAUUAAGUUUCCUGGUACCACUGUUGGAGAUGGCUAUAGCAGCUCAGAUUCAUUUACAUCUGAUCAAGAGCCCAUUUCCAGUGCUGUGAACAGACAAAGGUCUCACUCUGGCACCUCUCCAGAAGGACUGAAGGUUGUGGCUCCGCCCCCACCUCCGCCCCGCCCCCAGGCCACUCACUCACGGUCCUCCUCUCUAGACAUGAACAGAAACUUUGCUGCUGUCCCUGCAGGUUCACAGCAGCCAGGUGUAGUGGCCUUUCCCCCCGCAGUGCCUCCCAGACCACUGCCCACACAGACAUCAGUGCCACAUGGUCACCGUGUAGUAGAGGGAGAUGGUCUUCCAGCACAUACCAGCACGUCACCCCAGCAGAUGCCAGAACAGCCCAAUUUUGCUGACUUCAGCCAGUUCCAGGCUUUUGCUGUGGACCAGCCAGCAGAUGAUGGAGAGAAACCAUCUGAUAGUGGACAGGCAGAAAGAUGUGCAGAAGCUGCCGGGACGAUGAGAACAGCAAAGAACGAUGUUCAGGCAGAAGAACGAAAUGCAACCACUGUCAACUCUGCCAAAGUAUCCACUCCAUUGGCCCCACCUCCCAAACCCGUCCGUCGCAGACUGAAAUCAGAAGAUGAGCUCAGACCAGAUGUGGAGGACCUUCCCCAAAAGUCUAACGUCAUAGCCACUGUUCUAGCAACCCAGCCCUCAAUUCCACGGUCUAUCGGUAAGGAUAAAAAGGCCAUCCAGGCUUCCAUUAGAAGAAACAAAGAAACGAAUACAGUUUUAGCCAGACUCAACAGUGAAUUACAGCAACAGUUGAAGGACCUGCUAGAAGAAAGAAUAUCGCUUGAAGUGCAACUGGAACAGCUUAGACCUUUUUCGCAUUUGUAACCGGAGUGUGUGCGUGCUUUAGACUGAAUGUGUGUAUGAAAGAGUGAUUACCCCUUUUUUUUUUUUUUUUUUUUAAAGUGGUCUGUUGGAUCCUCUGGCAGGAUGUCCAUUUCACCCAUCUCCACUCCUCUGCUGACUGUGUGAGAAGAGACAAAAUCGCUGCUUCCUCCAGACCGUUCUCUCUCACACAGCCAUUCAGAGGGAUGGGGUCCAGGAUUGUUAUCCGUUAUGGCACUUUGAUGAAACAGAAAGUCUGAGUGGUUGUAUAUGUAAUACCCCAGACAUUGCAGAUUAUGUUUAGUGUGUGAGGCAAGAGCCUGAUGUCUUGGCCGGCAAGAGGCUGUAAUUCUGGUUAACAUGAAGGAGCCUCUUCCCCUCCUGUUCUCCAGAGUCUCGAGGCAGCUUGUCAUGUUCUUCCAUGUUAGGGCACCCAUGUGUGCUCAGACAAUCAUGUGAGGCCAUGCACUGGUCCUAAAGAGGGGAGAACUGAUUUUUGGGAGAUCAUAUUUCAGAAGUAUGCUUCAGUAAACUGAUUCUGACAGGCACUUGUUAAAGGGACAGUUCAUCCAAAAAUGUAUUCGCCCUCAUGUUGUUACAAACCUGUAAAUGAGGACUGGAACUGUCAAGCUCCACAAAUACAAAAGAAAGGGCAAAAAAAGUGGUCCAAAUAACUUGUGUGCUAUAUUUCAAAUGUUUUGUAGUUAUAUGAUUGCUUUUUGCAAGUAACAAAAGCUGGUUUUCUGCUCAAGUUAACUGGAGUGAGUCAUUGGGUUAACUGGAUUAGUCAAAUUUGUGAACAAUUCAUUCUUUUUUUUUUUUUUUUUUUUUUUAAUCUGGAUCAACUGAAUCAUUAAAAUGAUUUGAACGAAAUCAAAUGAAUCACUUGUUCAUGAAUCAGACAGUGCUACUUGUGACAAAACAAUAAUGACUUAUUUUAGUCUGUUCCUCAUACAAAAUCUAUUUUAUGGCUUCAGUAAUUUUGAAAUAUAAUGCACAAGUGAAAUAAGCUGCUAUUUUAAUGCUUGUUAGUCCUCAUUUACUUUUAUUAUAUUUAAGAGAGUUCAGAAAUUCACCUUUUUUGACACAUGGAUGAAGGAAAACCCGUACGGGUUUGAACGAUUUUGAGCAAAUGACAGAAUUAUUUUUAGAUGAACUAACCCUUUAAUAUUUCUUCCUUGCCAUACCAAUGGACGGCACAUUGUGUGUGUUUGUUUCAUGUGCAUGAGAGUGAGUUUGAGGACAAUAGUUGCAAAUGAAUGGCAUCAAAGACUGCUUAAUUUCCUUCUCUUAACACACUCUGUUGUGGUAAAACAAAAUGACCCGUUCAACCUUGUACAGUCUUUCACCCCGGGAUAGCAGAUGUUCCUCUCUCAGUCUCAACUGUUGGCUGUACCUCAUACGGUACAUCAUCUGCAUCGUAAACUCUGUGACAUCAUUAGUACGUAAUUGUGAGACCUAAAACAAUAACUGCACUUUCUCCCCUUCGGCUUUCAUUUGUCUUUUCUCGUCACUGUUUUUGCAUGUCGUUCACAAUCUCAUUUUGUAUAAAACGAUGAACCACUUGAUUUGUAUCUGUAACGUCUGAACUAGUGUGACGUUUGUGUUGUUACAUAGACUUGCGCCAUGUCUCUCAUUCAUUCGUUUGUUUUGACUGAUGUCUGUCUUUUCUUUCUCAUCCUUAAAGCCUUACUUCCUGGUGUGCAGGUUUUCACAGUAAUGUAUCCCCCCCAUGUUAAAUCAAGGUGAGCCUUUUCUCCCUGCUGUUCAGGCUGAUUUACUGUAUCAGGGGUAUGUUGUAUAUUGUAUGAUACACACCUUUUGAUCUCAUAUGUAAAUUUGCAUUAAUUGCUGACUAACAGCAAAUAUUCUAUUUAAUUGCUUAUAUAAUGGCUGUGGGAUCAUAAAUGUUUAACUGCAUGGAUGUGUCUCUGCAGAAUGAACUAGCAGCUGUGUGAUUUUUACACAAAAUAAAAAUGGCACAAUAUUUUAAUAAUUUC